AUGGCAAAUGAAAUUCAAGGACUCGGCGCCAAAGACAUCACUAAUCAUGAAGUUGAGAAGAAACUGCUUCGAUCCCUUGACACCUCAUUUGACACACUUGUUCUGAUGAUUCAAGAGCGUCCUAAUUUCAAAAGCCUCAACUCUAUUGACGUUAUGGAGAGACUAAAUACUCAUGAAGAACAAGAAGAAGAGAAGAGAGAUCGGUAUGGCUCAACUCAACGCAAAAACCACGCUCUCAAAGUUGUGGCUGAUUCAUCCUCUGAUGGAAACGCCAAAGAAGUUUCUGAUGAUCCAGAAGAACUCAGCAAGGAUCUCGCACUGAUCACAAAGCGAUUCCAACAUUUCCACAAAAAGAGCAAGUUCCAGAAAAGAAGUUCAAGCAACUCUGGAGGUUCAAAAUCUUCGAAACCUACCGGAGAAUACACCUAUUUCAAGUGCAAAAAGCCUGGACACUUCAUUUUAUACUGCCCUCUCUGGGAAGCUGAAAUCCGUGCUAGUGGGAGAUAUGAAUCAAGCAAUUAUCGAAGCAAAGGCAAGAGAAAGAGCUACGACUCCGAUGAUGAGAAGAAAACAAGGAAGUUCUUCAAGAAGAAAGACAGCUCCGCCUCAAAGUCAUCUUCUAGAUCUUCCUCCAAGAAUCCUUCAAAGUCCUCCUCCAACCACAAGAGUACCUAUCACAAGGCCAAGGCAUGCAUCGGCAAGGAUAUGGAUUAUGAAGAAGAAGAAGAAUCGUCUGCUUCCGAAGAAGAAAAUGAAUCUGAUGAGGAUUCCGACUCAGUAAAUGUGCAGUUAGAUGAAUCUAACGGCUCUCAAAAGGAGCACUUGCCAAAUGUGAUAGAUGAACCGCUGAUAUCAGAUGCUAUUCAGCAAAUGGCCAUUGGGAGUGUCAGGCCUGUUGAAGGAAAUGCACCUAAGUCAUCUGAUGAUGAUGCUCCCAUGACUCGAAGCAGAACUCGUCAAGCCACUGCCGAAGUAAAUGCUCCUCCAAAUGGAAAUGGCAAUCAAAAUACAAAUGCCGAUCAAAAUGGCAAUCCUGAAGGGAAUGAUGACACAAAUGCAGAUGCUGAUGAUAAUGACCAUCAAGAAGAAAAUGCUCAUCCUUGUGUGUCAGUUGAAGAUUCUGCUAAGAUUCACAGUAUGACUGAUAAUGAAGAGGCUUUCAUGGGAAUAGCUGACGAGUCCAAAGCGCCAAAGGGCCCAACGGUAGGCCCAUCAACAAGCAAAAGAAAACGAACCGAACAAAAUGCAAAUGAGCAAGAAGCAGAUGCGCCGAAGAAGUGGAGAGGUGGCAGGCAACCAAUCAAAAACAUAGUUGAGCUUGUUUCUCAUGAUGAAUAUAACACCGUCCCAGGAGAAGAUUCUAAUCAGAGAAAAGGAUGUGUGCAAAAGAUUCAGCACCACUAG